AUGUCACUACUGUCCGUACAAUUCGUCAACAAGCAUGCCCCAGGUCCCGGGGCGAGCACCGUGCCGCACUCGCACCCCUCAAAACGUUCCGUAAUUUUCGUUGUUUUCUGCUCUGACCGCCGUAAGCCUCCACCUGUCGCCGCCUCGUCCGUCCAGUUGCAACACCCGUACACACACCACAGCAACGCGUUCGUCACUGCCUUCGUACUCGUCUCGGUGCUCGUCAAGUCACUCAACUCGUCCUUCUCGGCCUACUCGCCCUUUUCGUCACACAGACCACUCGUUGUCGACUUUAACUCGCUCCGUUUGCUCUCACUUGCUCGCUUCGUGGCAAGUUUGGCACUGAGCGAUUGCGCUAGCCGCCCUGGUUCCCUCGUUACGCUCUCGGAACACUGGAUCGCCCUUCCUAUGAAGAGCUAA